CUCUCGUGUGCCAUAGGGCAUAGGAUAUUCCACGUCGGGAGCCGGGAGGACAAGGGAAUAAUUUAACCGACAGGUCGAUCCCCGUUUCUAGACUCGCCGCCCUCCUGAACCAGAAACCUCCUCUCCGGCAUAUAGGGUUGCUGCUACUACUAUCACAGUUUCCCGAUCACCGCCCCUUUGGUCUCCGGCGAGCCCACCUAAGAACCUUAGCUCGUUUCACAGUCACCGGGAGCUCUUAGUAAUUCAAUAAAGUCGAAGCCCUCGUUUCUUCCCUAUGGUGAACAGCGCUUUGUAGUCGCUUCGAAGGGCACUCGCUCGCGCAGAAAAAGCCGAUUGUUUCCCAUAGCUUCUUCAUCCACCCAUGGCGCUCCCUCUCGGCAAGUUAGUUAUUCUUGCCGGUGCCGGUCUUAUUGGCGCUAGCACUGUUUAUGGAAAAGAUUCAGGCAUUACUGAUUGGCUUUUUGGAGCUAGCAAGAUUUGGAAGCAGUUAAAGCAAGACACUGGAUCUGGGAAAAAGCCACAAAAUGAUUCCUUGUUGGCACAGGUUAACAGUCUGAGGCAGGAACUGCAAUUGUUAGCAUCAAACGGACCAGUUACAAUCAUCACUUCAGGAGGAGCAGGUGCUAACAAAUAUUAUACAAUCGUUGUGGUUGGAGUGAUUGGCUAUGGCUAUGUUUGGUGGAAGGGCUGGAAACUCCCUGAUAUGAUGUUCGCUACAAGGCGUACUUUAUCCGAUGCCUGCAAUUCGGUAGCCCAACAACUUGAAACUGUCUAUGCUUCACUCCGGACUACUAGGAAGGAGUUAUCGGCAGGCAUUUCAAACUUGGAUACUAAGUUGAUAGAGAUUGAAAAAUUUACAGACAGCACACAAGGAAUAGUUGUUCGACUACGGGAUGGAUCAGGAAAAAUUGGCAAGGACUUUCAUUCUUUUAAGGAACGUGUUGAAUCUCUGAAAUCACGAGUCGAUAAAUUUGGAGUGAAGCAGCAAGAGUCGUUGUCUGGAAUACAGAGUCUGUUGGCCUUUGCGCACGAGGCUCAAACUGGAUUGAUCGAUAAUGGACAGGCAUACCUCGCGUUCUAGCUCAUCACAGAUUGCAUUCUCCUCAAUGAGGGCUUUGCCACCUGCUGCCGAUGGACUAUCGACAAGGCCUGCUACUUCCGAUCCAUCUCCUGAGGUUGAACAAACUCCUCGAAGAGUUGUAUCGUCACCCUCUACUCAGCAGGGUAACGGGGUUGCUGACGUUACUGAGUUGACCAGUCAAGGCAUUUGGAACGGUAUUUUUACUCCAGAAGUAACGAAUGGAGGAGAGUCUUCAGUUCUGCAGAGACCAUCAUUUCUCUCGAGAGCUUUCAGCAGCGUCACAGGCACAGUACUAAGACGACCUGGAGGUGAAUGAGAGAUUUCUCUUAAAAGGGAAGUUCAUAAAAGUUUAGUCAUCGUUCCCUGAGAGAUUUCUUCUAUCUUAGCACCCACCCUAGCAAAUUUUUGUAGAGGAUGUCGUUAACACUUUUAAGAUUAUCAAAGAAAGCCCUUUUCCUGGCUAUGUAAAGGUUUAUUAUUACUAGGAGUUUAGACACUAGUGACUAGACUUAAAAGAAAUUCAAAUUACUAGAGAGAAGCGGCAGGACAGUCACACAGCAUUUGAUCUGUAACUCAUUUUAAGUUUUAACUGCUUUCCUGUGCUAGAUGAAACAAAAAGAAAAGUAAAAUAAUACAGCAUAAUUAUUAAUGUUUUGGAUUUUUCUCAUCCAUCAUUAGUUGGAC